AUGCUUCCCCGUUCGAUACCAUUGAGGGGCCUGGCUCGGCCCCCCUGCACUAUUGUGCGCAGACCGGUCACGCCUCGAUGGAUUCCCUCGGUCAGUCUCCCUAGUAGGAGAGUUCACCACCUGCUGCGAUCCGUCGCCUCGACCUCCUUUCCCUCUCGCUCGUUGAGCACGACCGCCUUCCCUCAGGCGCAGCACGAAAAUGCCGCGCCAAUUCCUCCCUCGGAAGAUCGGCCGCCCCAGACCUUGACGGAGAAGAUCGUGCAGCGCUACGCCGUCGGUCUCCCCGAGGGCAAAUACGUCCGUAGCGGCGACUACAUCAGUCUCGCCCCCCAGUACUGCAUGACCCAUGACAACUCGUGGCCCGUCGCGCUCAAGUUCAUGUCCAUGGGAGCCACGCAGGUCCACAACCCCAAGCAGAUCGUCAUGACCCUGGACCACGACGUCCAGAACACCAGCCCCUCGAAUCUCCAGAAGUACCAGCAGAUCGAGAACUUCGCCAAGAAGCACGGGAUUGACUUUUAUCCUGCCGGCCGGGGUAUUGGACAUCAAGUGAUGGUGGAAGAGCUGUAUGCCUGGCCGGGAAGCAUGGCGGUGGCCUCGGAUAGUCACAGCAACCACUACGGUGGAAUUGGGUGUCUGGGAACCGCCGUGGUGCGCACGGAUGCGGCCAGUAUCUGGGCCACGUCGCGAACGUGGUGGCAGAUCCCGCCUGUCGCAAAGGUGACAUUCACGGGGAAGCUGCCCGUGGGCGUGACAGGUAAGGACGUGAUUGUCGCGUUGUGCGGUCUGUUCAACAGCGACGUCCUCAACCAUGCGAUCGAGUUUACCGGCUCGCCGGAGACCAUGGCCAGUCUGCCCGUCGACAGCCGACUGACCAUCGCCAACAUGACGACCGAGUGGGGAGCGCUCACCGGUCUGUUCCCCAUCGACGAGACCCUGAAGCGCUGGCUGCGGUACAAGGCCACGGAGGCCGCCAUGCUCGAGGACCGCAACACCCGCGAUCGUAUCACCCACGAGAAGGUGGAGGAGCUGUUCGCCAACCCCUUGACGGCGGACCCUGACGCUCAGUACGCGAAGCAGCUCUACCUCAACCUGUCCACCCUCUCGCCCCACGUCUCCGGCCCCAAUUCCGUCAAGGUGGCAACGCCGCUCAACGAGCUCGUCCAGCAGCAGAUCAAGAUCAACCGGGCCUACGUCGUCUCUUGCACCAACUCGCGUGCGUCCGACAUCGCCGCCGCCGCUAAGGUCUUCAAGGAUGCCGCCAAGUUGAACCCCGGCGUGACCCCCAAGAUCGCCGACGGCGUCAAGUUCUACAUCGCCGCCGCGUCCGCGCCCGAACAGGAAUCGGCCGAGCACGCCGGCGACUGGCAGACUCUGCUCGAUGCCGGUGCGCAGCCGCUGCCCGCCGGAUGCGGACCCUGCAUCGGUCUCGGCACCGGACUGCUGGAGCCCGGCGAGGUCGGCAUCAGUGCCAGCAACCGUAACUUCAAGGGCCGCAUGGGCUCGCGGGACGCGCUCGCCUACCUGGCGAGUCCCGAGGUCGUGGCGGCCAGCGCUCUCAGCGGCAUCAUCGACGGCCCCGGCGCCUACCAGGUGCCGGAGGACUGGACCGGCGUGGACCACGGAUUCGGCAGCGGCAUGCCCGCCACCACCGAGAACGAGCUCACCAACUUCUUGGAGCAGAUGGAAUCCCUGAUCGACCGGGUCGAGUCCGCCGGCGGUGCCAGCGACGCCACCAAGUCAGCCACGGAGAUCCUGCCCGGCUUCCCGGAGAAGGUCACCGGCGAGAUUGUCUUCUGCGACGCCGACAACCUCGACACCGACAACAUCUACCCCGGAAAGCUGACAUACCAGGACAACGUGUCCAAGGAGGACAUGGCUCAGGCCUGCAUGAUGAACUACGACCCCGAAUUCAAGAACACCGCCAAGCCCAGCGACAUCCUCGUCGCCGGCUUCAACUUCGGCUGCGGCUCCUCCCGCGAGCAGGCGGCCACCGCCAUCCUGGCCAAGCAGAUCCCGCUGGUCGUGUCCGGAAGCUUCGGAAACAUUUUCGCCCGAAACAGCAUCAACAACGCGCUGAUGGGGCUGGAGGUGCCGCGUCUGAUCGAGCGUCUGCGCGCGCAGUUCGCUCAGCCUGCGGACGCCUCGCAGCGUAAGCUCACCCGUCGCACGGGCUGGACGUUGACGUGGGACGUGAAGCGCAGCGUCGUCGAGGUCAAGGAGGGCGAGAACGGCGAAAGCUGGACGGAGCAAGUCGGCGAGCUGCCGGCCAAUGUGCAGGAGAUCAUUGCGGCCGGUGGUCUGGAGGCUUGGGUUAAGAAUGAGGUUGGAAAGACGGCGUAGAGGCAGAACAUGGGGCUGUUUGAAAAGGUGUGAAGCAUUAAAAGAUGUUUGAAUAAUUCAAUAGAACGAUUGUAUCAAUAUGAUAUCCC